GUUAGUCGACGGGAGUCUGGGUUUCCUGUCUCUCGCGCACAGGCUGAAACGAUCUGCAGUGAAGCUUUCAAUAAAUCAUCUGCUUAUCAAACCUGUCUUCAGUCUGUACCAAGUUUUUCUAAUGAUUCAUUAGAAAACUGCAUCCUUGAUUUAAUGAUGACAGGUGAUGAUAAUAUUACGAAAAUUCAUAUAGAGGCUGCAUUGGAGCAUUGCACCACGUUUAUCGUUUUGAACACGACGUUUACUACAAUAGAGCCUGAUGUGGCUUAUAUCUUGACAUCACGUUGUCCUGGGAAUUGCAGUGAAAAUGGACAAUGUAAUGCUGGAAUAUGCACCUGCCACGAGGGAUUUGCCGGAAGUGAUUGUUCCUUUGACUCUAGUGAACCCCCACAGAUAACGGGAACUUCAUAUGACUUUUGUGAUCAGAGGAGUCAUGAAUGUAACGCACUUUAUUUUCAAGGAUCAUAUUUUCUCGAGAAUAUGGGUGCAGUAUGCUAUACAGAGAGGAAUGAGAGAAACAUGGACAACUCAUUACGAUCAUCUGAUUUUUAUAUGGCUAGCCUCGAGGAGCAGACAUUAUUUCUUGGUUCUUGUGAACUUAGAAAUUCCUCCGGAGGCUAUUGGGUCACUGAUUUCACCAUAAACAUUACAAUAGAUGGCAUAAGAUUUACAAGUGAUUACAAAGUGACAAUUUACAGUUCUGUUUGUCAGCAAUAUCACAAUGAUAGUGGUCAUGUUUACUUUACCCUUAAGAAUGGAUAUUGUUUUAUAAACAGCACUAGUUCUUGUGUGGCGGAUGGAGAUUCAAAAGAAUUUGAUUAUUGUUCUGUUUGUAAUACGUCUGUAAACUCAUUUGAUUGGACAGAAAACACAGAAUGUCUGUUUCUAGCGUCUAAUUCAACGCAGAAUUCAACGCCGAUAGCAUCAAUAACAACAUCUGAUAUAUCUAUGACACCAUUAACAACAACAACAUCUGAAGCUCCAGCUGCACCAACAACUACAAGAACAUCACUAUCAACAAUACCUACAUCAUUAGCAAAUCUUUCAACGGACACAAAACAAUUUGAAACGACCAUACCUACUGCAGAUCUAACUACAACAACUUCAACAAAAAUCCUCGAAAAAACAACUGCAUCCCAAACAACAGCGCAGGCAAAAUCUGCAACGAUUACAUCACCUGUAACAAAAUCAACUACACCAACAACAUCAAUAACAUCUCCAAUGACAAUUUCCAUAAUAUCAACAUCAUUGCAACCCCCAACAACAAUACCAACAAUCACUUCACCAACGGCAGGAUCAGAAUCAUUGAUAUCGUCGUCAAAAUCUUCUUCGACAACGAAAAUGCACCAAACAACAAGUACUACUUCCCCCGAAUCUUCAGUAGAACCAAAACCCCAAUCAACGGAAGCAUCAACGGAGAAGAUUCUAACUACACAAUCACAAUGGACACCGGAAUCUUCUGAUAGUCCUUCAUCUUUAUUUCUAUCUACUCCCCAGACAAGUAAUGACUCUGAUCAGAAACAGGCAAUUAUUAUUGCAUCAUGUCUUGUCUGUGGAAUGAUUGUACUUAUUGUUUCUGGGGUGGUUUUAAAGAAGUAUUGCAUAAGGCAAGGAAACAUUGACGACCCUUAUAUUCAGGAAAACAAUAUUCAAUAUCCAGACAGAUCAGACAAUACAAAGAAAAGUUCAAUAUCCAUCGACUUCAUAACAAAGAACACUAAGCUCCCAGAAGACAUUUUGCCGUCCCGUCCGACAUCUGCCUCCUCAUAUUAUUCAACAGGCGUCCAACAGCUCUCAUCUACAACUGAUUUAAGGGAUGUUUUUAAUGGCAAUGGAAUGAAGGAUAGAUCACUUUUAUUUAGAGCAUCAUCUCCCAAAUAAAAAAAAAAAACACCAUUCAAAAAACGUUUCUAUCGCUGAUAUAUAGGUACUUGUGUCAUAUAUAUGCAAACCUUGAUCAAUGCAAAACGAGCAUUUGACCCAUUUUUAAGUUUUGACAUUUUAAUCUGAAUGUAUGAUUAAUUCUUUUUUAUAAAAGAUAGAGAUAACGUAGAAAUACAGGCUCGAAGAAAUAUCGUACUUAUUUCUUUCAAUAGCUGAAAUAUUGGGAUAUUGAUUAUCUAAUUCCAAUCGAAAAAUAUCUAUUGGAAUGUAUAUUGUUGAAGAAAAAAUAUCUUCAUUUAAGCACUGGAAAUCAAUAUUAAACAGAUGCUGCGAUGC